AUGAGUGUGGAGUCGAUGGCGGCAGUGACCAUCCAGAAGAUGUGGAGGGGGUAUAGGAGUAGGAACUUGAAUAAAGAUACACUGAGAAUCUUGCAUGCCAUACAGGCUGCAAGAGCGAGACAGCAUAUACAAAGACUUACUUGCGACAUGGAAGCGACUAAAGCUGCCUUGGAAAGUGAAAGAAAGAUCCAGCAAUUGCAAAUGCAAGCUAUCAAUGCACUUUGGAAAAAAGUGUCAACUUUGCAGAAUUCUGACAUCCAGAAAGCAAAAGCUUUUGAUCCUGAAGACAGUUCUGAUGUAUUGAGGCAGCUGACGGAGACAUGUUGUAGCUUGCAGGCCCAGGUGGUGGAACUUCAGAGCAGCAUGCAAGAGGUGCUCCGUGCGGUGUCGCAGCGCUCCAGGGGCGAGCCUGUUGCCACCCAGACCGACAUCAGCGCACUGCUGACGCCGCAGGAGGAGCGUUGCACGUGGCUGCGUCGGCCACAGUCGUUAGCGCUCCCCACUAACGCACCGACGGCGCCCACCAGUGACCAUAUCUGCGAUAAGACUAACGACGCGGUCGCUCUAGACAUAGAGCGCACGGAGUCGAUCAUAGACGAUAGAGGAGACGCGAGCAUAGACAACACGGAGACCGAACGCGAGCGGAGCCUGAUUGUCGAC